CUUAAAGAAGAAGCGGCAACCUUCCGCUUCGCGUGUGAAGCCUGAGGAGACGUGAGUUACGAAAUCCAAACUCCCAAAAGUCAUUGUCACGACUUCACUUCCAUGACGUCCCUGCAAAUGGGGCUUGACAGAUUCUGCGACCCGGACGGUUCCGACCGGUUCUGGGAUUGGGACCGCUCCUGGAAUACUACGAACCCAGACUUCACUCAGUGCUUCCAGAACACUGUCCUGGUGUGGCUGCCAUGCAUCUACCUCUGGCUGUGCGCCCCCUUCUACCUCAUCUACCUCCGGUGCCACAGUCAAGGUUACAUAUGUAUGAGUCACCUUAACAAAGCCAAAACUGCUUUUGGCUUUCUUCUAUGGAUUAUCUGCUGGGCAGAUGUUUUCUAUUCUUUCUGGAAAAGAAGUUCUGGCAGUAAGGUUCUUGCACCCGUCCACCUAGUCAGUCCAACCAUACUGGGCUUCACCAUGUUGCUGGCCACCCUGAUGAUUCAGUAUGAACGAAUGAAAGGGGUUCAGUCGUCUGGAGUGUUGCUGGUUUUCUGGCUGCUGGCCUUGCUUUGUGCCACAAUCACCUUCCGCUCCAAGAUUGUCCAAGCCCUGGACCAGCCGUCAACCAUUUGCGUGUGGAGGCACACCACUUUCUUUGUGUACUACACCCUGCUGCUGGUCUCCCUGAUUUUGUCCUGCUUGUCAGAUCAGCCUCCACUCUUCUCCCAAGUUGUCAAAGACUCCAAUCCUUGCCCUGAGCCUGGAGCUUCUUUCCUUUCCAAAAUAACAUUCUGGUGGAUUACCAGGAUGAUGAUGAAUGGCUACAAGCAUCCCCUUGAGGAGAAAGACUUGUGGUCUCUGAACCCUGAGGACCGCUCACAGAAAGUGGUACCAAGGCUGGUUCAGUGUUGGAACACAAAUUGUCAAAAGGCAAAAAGAACAGAACAGAAGACAUUGUACUCUCCCCGGCGGGCCCGUAACCCGAACAACAAGGAGAGUCAAGCUACAGGAGAGUCUGAAAUCUUACUAGUGAAAAGCACCAAAAGAAAAGAGCCCUCCUUGCUCUGGGCUCUGUGCCUGGCCUUUGGGCCAUAUUUCCUCAUCUCGUGCUUCUACAAGUUCAUUCAAGACGUCCUCAUGUUUGUUGGACCUGAAAUCCUCCGGCUUCUGAUCCGCUUCGUGAACAACUCCAGCGCCCCCUCCUGGCAUGGCUACUUCUACACAGCUCUGCUCUUCCUAUGUAACUGUGUGCAGUCACUCAUCCUCCAGAGGUAUUUUCACAUCUGCUUCAUCACAGGCAUGCGCUUGCGCACUGCCAUCGUUGGAGCAGUCUAUAGGAAGGCCUUGGUUAUCAGCAGUGCGGCCCGCCGCACGUCCACCGUUGGAGAGAUGGUCAAUUUGAUGUCAGUGGACGCUCAGCGCUUUAUGGAUCUUAUCGCUUAUAUUAACAUGAUAUGGUCCGCUCCCCUGCAGGUGGUGUUAGCCCUGUACUUUCUCUGGCAGAACCUGGGCCCGUCUGUUCUGGCUGGAGUGGCUGUGAUGGUUCUAAUGGUUCCAGUCAAUGCUUUCAUCGCUAUGAAAACCAAAACCUACCAGGUAGCUCAGAUGAAGAGCAAAGACAGUCGUAUUAAGCUGAUGAAUGAGAUGCUGAAUGGUAUCAAGGUGUUGAAGCUGUAUGCCUGGGAGCUUGCCUUCAAGGGCAAAGUAACAGACAUCCGAGAGAGCGAGCUGCAGGUACUAAAGAAGGCUGCCUACCUUGCCGCAAUGUCUACCUUCACCUGGGUCUGCGCACCCUUUUUGGUCGCCCUGUCCACUUUCACAGUAUACGUGCUGGUCGAUGAAAAAAAUGUGCUUGAUGCCCAGAAGGCCUUUGUUUCUCUGGCACUCUUCAACAUCUUGCGUUUUCCUCUCAACAUGCUGCCUAUGGUCAUCAGUAGCAUGGUGCAGGCGAGCGUCUCCUUGAAACGGCUGCGAGUGUUUCUAUCACAUGAGGAGCUACAGGAAGACAGUGUUGAACGCAAAGCAAUAGUAGGCUCCUCAAACAGUAUAUCCAUAGUGGAUGGAGUUUUCAGCUGGUCAAAAACAGAAUCGCCAACGCUCAAGAUGCUGAAUGUGUGUAUCCCAGAUGACUCCUUGGUAGCCGUUGUGGGACUCGUCGGGUCUGGAAAGUCCUCUCUUCUGUCAGCCUUGCUUGGAGAGAUGGACAAACUUGAAGGAAGUGUGGCUGUCAAGGGUUCAGUGGCCUAUGUUCCUCAGCAGCCCUGGAUACAGAAUUCCACAUUGAAGGAAAAUAUCAUUUUUGGCCAGGAUAUGAGUGAAGUCUGGUACCAGCGUGUGGUGGCAGCAUGUGCCCUCGAGCCUGACAUCGAGAUCCUGCCUGCUGGAGAUGCCACCGAGAUUGGAGAAAAGGGUGUCAAUCUGUCUGGCGGUCAGAAGCAGAGGAUUAGCCUCGCCAGGGCUGUCUUCUGCAACCGCACCGUCUACCUGCUAGAUGACCCGCUGUCUGCUGUUGAUGCUCAUGUCGGAAAGCACAUAUUUGACCAUGUCAUCGGUCCACAGGGCUUGCUGAAGAACAAGACUCGUGUGCUGGUGACACAUGGGCUGAGCUACCUGCCUCAGGUUGACAUGAUCCUGGUCAUGGUGGAUGGAGAAAUAACAGAAGUUGGCUCCUACCAGCAGCUCAUGGCCACUGAGGGAGCCUUUUCUGAGUUUCUGCAUACGUAUGCUGGGGUCGACCAUGCAGACGACAAUGAUUCAGAAUCCAAGCCAAAAAUAGUAACCAAAGGAAUGGAGAAUGGGAGUGCAACUGGUCUCGCCAGCUCUGGUCAAAGCAGCAGUACAUCCAAACUUUCUCAGUCAGGCAAAGAGAAAGAGGAGCUCGACAAAAAGGCCAAGAACGCGGAUGUGGGCAAGCUAACAGAGGCUGAUAAGGCUAGAACAGGACGGGUCAAGCUGGCUGUGUUCUGGUCCUAUUUUAAGGCAAUCGGUGUCCUGUCCUGCAUCGCACUGCUGCUGUUUUUUGCUUAUAACGUGUUUUCACUCUUCUCUAAUUACUGGCUCAGUCUCUGGACUGAUGACCCAGUAGUUAAUGGCACUCAGCCUAAGAGAGAGCUGAGAUUGGGCAUAUAUGGUGUUCUUGGCCUGUCACAGGGGGUGACCGUCUUUGGGUACUCCCUGUCAAUGUCCAUUGGGGGCAUUCUGGCGUCUCGCUAUCUUCAUCAGUCCAUGCUCUUUGAUGUCCUUCGCUCACCUGUGUCUUUCUUCGAGCGAACCCCCAGCGGUAACCUGGUCAACCGCUUUGCCAAGGAGAUGGACACCAUUGACACAGUGAUCCCCAGCAUUCUUAGAAUGUUCUUGGGCUCCAUGUUUAAUGUGAUUGGUGCUUGUAUUAUCAUCUUGAUCGCCACACCCUACGUGGCGAUCAUCAUUCCCUUCCUUGGCCUGCUCUACUUUUUUGUACAGAGAUUUUAUGUGGCGUCGUCACGCCAGUUGAAGCGCCUGGAGUCCGUCAGCCGUUCACCUAUCUAUACCCACUUUAAUGAAACACUGCUGGGCACGUCCGUCAUCAGAGCUUUUGGUGAACAAGACCGCUUCAUAGGAGAGAGUGAUCGGAGGGUUGACCAUAACCAGAAGGCCUACUACCCCAGCAUUACAGCAAACAGGUGGCUGGCAAUUCGUCUGGAAUUCGUCGGCAACUGCAUUGUGUCAUCUGCUGCUCUGUUUGCCGUCACAGCCAGAGAGAGCCUCAGUCCAGGUAUCAUGGGCCUUGCGAUCUCCUAUGCCCUUCAGUUGACAGCCUCUCUGACCUGGCUGGUGAGGAUGUCCUCCGACAUGGAAACAAACAUUGUUGCAGUGGAGCGAGUGAAAGAGUACAGCGACACAGAAAAAGAGGCUGAGUGGACGCAUGAGCCCUCCAGCCUGGCCCCUGGGUGGCCCACUGAGGGUCGCAUAGAGUUCAGAGGCUUCGCCCUACGAUACCGCCCCGAUCUGGACCUGGCCAUCCGCAACAUCACCGUCAGCGUUUCAGGGGGAGAGAAGGUGGGGAUCGUAGGGCGCACGGGAGCAGGCAAGUCAACCCUAACGUUGGCCCUGUUCAGGAUCAUCGAGGCAGCCGAGGGCCAAAUUUUCAUUGAUGGGAUAAACAUUGCCGAGCUUGGCCUCCAUGAGCUCCGCUCCAGAAUUACCCUAAUACCACAGGAUCCAGUGUUGUUUUCAGGCACCCUGAGGAUGAACUUGGAUCCAUUUGAAAGCUACUCGGAUGAGGACAUAUGGAAGUCUUUGGAGUUCGCCCAUCUCAAGAACUUUGUGUCCGGGCUGUCAGACAAACUCAGCCAUGAAUGUAGUGAAGGGGGGGGGAACCUCAGCGUGGGCCAGCGCCAACUGCUAUGCCUGGCCAGAGCAUUGUUGAGAAAGACCAAGAUCCUUGUUCUAGAUGAGGCCACAGCUGCUGUGGACAUGGAGACCGACACCCUCAUCCAGACCACCAUCCGCUCUCAGUUCGAGGAAUGCACUGUCCUUACCAUCGCUCAUCGCCUCAACACCAUCAUGGAUUACACAAGGGUACUGGUUUUGGAGAGAGGAGAGAUGGUAGAAUUUGAUUCCCCAUCCAAUCUCCUGGCUCAAAAGGGAUCCUUCUACAAGAUGGCCAAGGAUUCUGGGCUGGCCUGAAGCUUUGUCACCAUGGUCCUCCAAACCACUUCGCUGGGCUCCCCUUGCUUCCUAUUGUGAGGGUCUUCUGUGAAGGAGCGACAAAGGUGGCACAGCACUUUGUUACGUUUGCGUGUUUGAUGAGUCAAGCAAAGAUGUCGGUGAAAACAAUGGGCUUGGUUUUUACCCUCGCACCAACCUUCCAUCUUAAUGGAACUACUAGUUAACUGCCUUUCAUAAGCAAAUAUGCUGCUUCUUAUUUAUCCCAUAGCUUUAGUGGCUCCUCCUGUUCCAGCCAGGGAAGGGGUCCACUUAAUGUAGCUUUUUUUUUGGGGGUUUUUUUUUUGGGGGGGACACCUGUGGUGAUCAGCUUCCUCCUAUACCAAAGGUUUAGCUCCGGGAUUCAAACCUGUGGUGAUUUGAACUGUAGGUAGCUAUUAAGUGGUUUACACUAGGUUCCAUGCACUAUUUCAAAGGUACAUAUACUUUGUGCAAACUUGAACUGUUUUCAGCAAACAUUUGGCUGAUAGAAAAUAAAUCACGGACUUAGGGGCUAUAUUGGAGGGGAAAAAAAAUUCCCCCCUAAUUUUCUGAAAAACAAUGUUAGGAUCCACUGCUGUUUCCAAUUUUGAUGACGUAUGGAGCCGGAACCUGCUCGGUGUCGCACACUAUUUGCAAAGACAAAUGAUUUGCCGUUUUGAAUGUUACUUCAUCAGGAUGGACCAUUUCAGACUGGUGGUAUUGAGUGCGGCAACUGGUCAUGUCACAGACUUCAGACAGUGGCGGCGUAGAAUGUUCAACUUUAAAUGCACAAGUUCAAGGGAAGAGUGGGACAGAUGCCACUUUCCUGUCACUUUACAGGCUGCUUUAUUUAUAGGUUUUUUUGGUUUUGUUUGAUUCAUCUCAUUUCAGCAGCUUUAAAUUAAUGUUAAUAUCAAAUAUUUAAGUUGAUUAUUCUAUUCUCUUGUGGAGCUGAUGUACUUUGAGCAGUCAUGUGUUUUUGUAACUCCAGGAGUCUGAGUGAUUCAUAGGAUUCAAAUUUUAGGCUUUUGAGGACAUGUUUUGAUUGUUUCGCCACACAUUUUUUUUAAGUGUACAUUUUAGCCAAGGUGCAGCAUAUCUAUUUGUUGAUCAACUACAGAGUUUUGUUUGACUUAAGAUACCACAAAAAUAAAUAUAUUUGUCUGUUGGGAGCAGUUUUGUGUACAAUGAAAACCAAAGUCCCCAGGCACGUGCACACAUAGACAUCAAAGGGGUGCUUGAGCCACUGCCCUUUUCCUUCCUGAAGAAAAAGUACCCUUUAUUCUGGGGUGUUAUUUUUUUAAAUAAAUUAAUUCAUCUCUCUUACAUAUACAUUCCUGCUUUGACACAACUUCCCUGUCAAUUAAAUAUAUAUAAAAAAAAAAAAAGAAAACUCCAAAUAGCUGGUUGGGAGAUAAGGCUCAAUGCGCUUUGUUAGGCCUGGGACACACACAAAUAUUUUUCAACUCUUAAAAGAUUUUUUUUAUCUGCUGCAGCCCCCCGCACAUAAAGUGGAAAAAAAAAAUCAGCCAUUUAACAGUUUUGGUCGUCGUGUGUGGUGUACUCGCCAACACAGCAUACCACACACACACAUACACAAAGAUUCUGUUCCACCGCCGAUCUAGAAACCUUGAGUAUAUAUAUAUAUAUAUAUAUAUAUAUAUACAGACAGACAGACGUAUUUGUAUAUGUGUGUGUAUAAGUGUCUGUGUGUGUGUGUGUGUGUAUAUAUAUAUAUAUAUAUAUAUACAUGUGUAUAUAUAUAUAUGUGUAUGUAUAUAUAUAUAUAUAUGUAUAUAUAUGUGUAUGUAUGUGUAUGUAUGUAUAUAUAUAUACAUAUGUAUAUAUAUACAUAUGUAUAUGUGUGUAUAUGUAUAUAUGUAUAUGUAUAUAUACAUAUGUAUAUGUAUAUAUAUAUAUGUAUAUACAUACGUGUGUGUGUAAAGUUUUACCUGAAGAGUCAUGUCUUAACCAUCUAUGGAAUAAUUUUGAUUGUAAACAUCUACAGAGAAGGUUGCUGCUGUAAGGAGAAAAGGAAAAGGAAAAAAUGGAAGACAAGAAAAUACCCAACAAGUUCCAAACAAAAAGAAAGCUACAAAGCAGAGAGAAAAUUAAUGAGUGGAAGAAUUGUUGUUGUAAUUUUUUAAUUUUAUUAUUCCCCCCCAUAUUUUCUCAAUAAAUUGUUUGCUGUGGUUUUCUGUUUCUCUGCAUUUUUUUUUUUAUUUGUUUAUUUUUUAAAGAAAAUGUACAAAAUGAGCAAGAGGAAUGUGGAUUGCACUGAACCAAACCUAUAACUAACCAUUGGCCUAGUUGUUGUUUCGGGGAUCAGUUGGUUUGCUUAUGGGAAGAACAGUCAUUUUCAUUUUUGAGUGAAGAUCAGGUUUCAUUGAAAGUACCAUUUAUUUCAAUAACGCCAAUAAAUUAUUGUCUUGUGCAAAAAUAAACACAUUUUGAUCCUGUAUCUGAAAAUUCUUACUUCACUAUGUUCCUCUCCCUGAUGCAAUCAGUUAAUCUAAAUAUUCACGAGAGACUGGUAGCAUACAAACCCCAUAGUGCCACAGUUUCUUUUGUUCUUGCUUACUCUUGUGAUAAACCCAGUGAAAACCAUAGAGAAACUCAUCUUUGUGUGGCCAUAUUUUGUAGCAAAAAAAAAAUGUUGAAAUCAGAGUAUUCAGUAAUUAUGAGUGUAAGGGUACUGAAAUAAAUAGGUAAAUCAGAGAUGUCCUAUUUGUUCAGGAAUAAAGUAAAAGAUGUGCCCUUUUUCCUCACUUGAGGCCCUGCCCCCAAAAAUGUAUGUGCAUGUCUCUGGUCCCUUUGUGUGUGUAUAAAAGCAAAACAAGUUUCAUUUGACAGAACAUCUGCAUGUAGUUAUGGAGUUUCGAGUCCCUCACAGAUUAGAGCCUUAUCCACUAUGUUGUCUUUUUUUUUUUUUUUUUUUUUUUAAAUCUGAGACAGUGUGUGAGUCUGUUAUCGACCAUAGCCAUAUUGGACCUUGGUUGCUUCACCUAGACUUUUUUUUUGAAGUGUCAGAAAGCUAAGUUGGAGAAAGCUUAUCCUUGGGUGACAAAAUGUAUCAUACAAUUUCGAAUAAAGAUGGCAUUGUCAGUGUGUUGUUACUUGUCACUGGCCAAAAUCAUGGUUCGGUUUUCUCUCAUUUGGCUGUUUUCUUGCUCAUGAUUGUCAAUCCUGUGGAUAUAUAAAGAACAUUUAUGUAUACAUCAAUGCAAAGUAAAUAGUUUGUUUUCUGCAUUUUCUGAUCUUUGUUUUCAGUUUUAAAUAAAUGCAGUUUAUAUACGCAUUA